CCAAGCAUGACUUCGACACACUUUGGCUCCUUCCACAUCCUCGUAGAGCUUCUUAUGCUCACAUCAAUUUGGUCAUCCCACGUGCUGGAAUCGAAGGUACACUCGCCAAAACAAACUCUGCGUGAUUCUAUAAGCACAUGGCAUGAAUCGACGUCCAUAAUUGAGCCCCGCAUGGUAUUCUCGUUAUUUCCAAGUAAGGGACGAGGUGAUCGUGGUACACCCGGAGUGAUUCCAAGUUGCAAACCAAAUUGUCCAAAUGGAAAAAAAGCUCUUUGCUUUACUGGGCCUGGAUGGAUGACUUGCUUCUGCGACUGCGUGCCACCCAAUGAUUCAUGCCCACCAGUGGGAAGGAAUGCGUGUGCUACUGGCGUCCACUUCAAAACGAAAUCUACCUCUGCUAUGUGCCUUUGCACAUGUGAUAGCAGUGGAGUCAAAACUGGAUCAGGCUGACUGGGAUCCUUUGCCACAUAUAUACCUGAGCUGUCAGCACACCAUUGAUUCAAAAUUCUACGUAAUAGCGUCAUCGGCGAUGUGCGCUCAAGACACUAUAAAAUUCAGGAAUUUUACAGACUUUUUGUAUCCUAGGGCUCUUCCUACGUAGUACAUGCUCGCGAUCACAAGGCAAGUUACUGAAAUGAAUUGUCGGAAAACAAAAAAAAAAAACAACAAUUAGGCCGAUCUCACGCACUGCUGCAACCGUUGUAAGGGAAGCUUUCCGUUCUGGAUGCUUCAAUUGACCAUAAUUAGCGGUAGUGUUGAUGGCAAAAGCUUAAUUUCUUCAAUGUUUAGGCUAACACGAGAGCCGUGAGUUGAUGUUUGUUUCCGUAAUACACAGAACACACAGGGAGAAGUACUUGUUUGAGGCAUUGUUGUGUGCCAUAUUUUAUAACUUCUUAGAGGGUUGAGCGUUGUCAUUUCCUCGCAUGGCACAUUGCAUUGUGGCAGAAGUAAUAAAUUUGAAUUGGAUUA